AUGGGUCGCCGGUAUGUCCUCCUGCUGUGCAUCCUCGCCUCGCUUCAGACCGUCGGCGCGCAGCUGGGGGAUACCACCGGCGUCGACGACGGCACGAACAACCAGGCGGGCACGAAGAAGUCGGUGGAGGUGAACUCCUACUUCACCGAGUUCACGAGGGUGGGACCGUACCCGUACCAGGUGUGCGCGGACUUACCCGGCGAGAUCGGCGAGACGGACGCGACGAAGAGCGCGAGGUGCAUCCCGGUCGAGGCGGGCGAGCUCGAUUUCUGCUCCGCGGUGGCGUACGAUACCUGCUCCCGGGUCAUAUCGCCCAUCCUCUACGACGAGCAGAUUGGAAAGUCGCACGACGAGAGGAUCGCGCGGUGGGAGCUGGAGUUCCCCGCGCUCGUCACCACCGAGUGCACCGAGGCGUUCCAGCUCUACUUCUGCCUGUUGGCGUUCCCGCGAUGCGAGGAGGACACCGAUAACCUGGGGAGCUUUCUGGAGCUACCGCUGUGUUUCGACUACUGCGUCAACGCGCACAUGGCGUGCAUCGGCGACUCGCUGUUGUCGCAGGCGGCGUGCGAUAAGGCCGUGGUGCUGGGGCGGGUGGCGCCUCCGCGGGCGGACGUGACGUGCGUUUCGGGGGCGCGGAGUCUGGGGGCGUCGAUGGUGUGCGCGUUGGCGUUGGCGUUGCUGUCGUGGUUCGCCUCGGAGAGAGGUUCGUAUUAG